CGCUUUUAUCCUUCACAGUUUCACCAUCUCCAAUCAAGCAUAUUUAACUAUUGAACUGAUAACAAGCUAUCUAUACUUUUAGUAUUGGAUUAGUUGCAGUAAUACCAGUAAUAGAAAGUCUUUUGGCUGAAGAAGAAGUGUCUAUCAAUUCACCACCGAAAUGACCCAUGUCAUGAUACUAACAAAAAAGCUCCCAAUUUUUCUUCUCUGCCCCACCAUAUUAGAGCGUUUUGCGUGACUCUAGGACCUGACUGACUGUACAGAAUCCUGCCCCGCGAUCGCUUCAACCCCCCGACAUAUCAAACUGAACCAACUUGUUCGCCAAUCACUACCCAAUUCCUGCCUUCCGCUAUCGAUUACAGCUAUCGCAUAUACAAUGGCCACUGCAGCUGCUACCACCACAACGUCGGGUGCGACGCAACCCCUCGUUACAAAGUGGUCUUCUCGAUAUCGUGGGGCCACUGUCGAAGACCUCGACCCCCCGGCCGCACUCUCACUCAACCCCUCCGAUGCUAUCUCCCUCGCCCUCUUGUCCGCCUUUGAGCGCGACUACACGCACCUUACCAUCGUCGAUGCCGACACCCGCGCACUGCUAGGUUACAUAUCCAUUCCUCACCUGCAGUCUCUUCUCGACUCAGGCAAAGUCAAGCCCGAAGAUCAGCUCUCGGCGGCCAUGACACGCUUCCAGCGCAAGGGCCGUACCUACCAAGUCAUUACCAUGGAGACCACUCUCGAGGAGCUUGAGAGCUUCUUCCGUGGCGGCGUACCUGAUGGGCCAUGGAAGCAGGAGUUUGCUGUUAUCACGGAUGAGAAGAGGAGGUUUGUCUUGGGCGUCGCGACGGUACAGGAUCUCGAGGAGUUUGUGAAACGAAGACCCGAGUAAAGUAGUAUCUUUGGCAUGUGAUUUGCCAGAGUUGUGAUGAAAAUCCCGAGGAACAAAGGCCGCGGGAAUAAGUCGCAGGGAACAAAAUACAAACGAGAAUUAAGCAUCAUGGAUGGGCGUUAGGGAAACCAUGACCUGAGCAUCAUGGAGUCUACGGCAGGCUCAUAACAGCCAGCCAGGCAGGAAAGCUGCUUUCAACAUAGCGCAAUAUGUGGGAUAAUAUACACUGGUGAACACAGGU